GUUACGCAGUUGAAAGACGGCCCAUUAAAAAUGAAGUGGCCUGAAUAGAACAAGUAUCGGGUAAAAAAGCGUACGGGUGUAGCUGAGGAUGAGCUGUAUAUAAUGGCUCUGUAUCAGUCACUCUCCAAACACUAACAGAUUCGAUUCUCCCUCAAAAGAUUCUUCUUCCUAAUCUGAAUAGCAACAACCGGAGAGAUGGCUUCCGCGUGUGUUAAAAACGCUGGUGUUACGUCGCCGGCGGGAUACUCUUUGUACGGUCGAAUUUCUCUGAGGCGAGAAGACAAGAGGCGCUCUUCAUCCCACGACCAGGAGGAACAGUCCUCCGACAACAAAGAUCAAGAUCCAGCGGUGGAUUUUGAGUUCUGUCCCGAAGAUCCGGUCACAAUGCUCUCCGCCGACGAGCUCUUCUCGGACGGAAAGCUCGUGCCUUUGAAGUUCUCUGGUCCUCCGGAGAUGAGGAAGCCUCAUCAGACUUCCACUGUCAAGACGACGACUGCGGCUGAGCUGAACCACUCGGCGGAGGUCCGGAGGAGGGUAGAGAUGGAGAUGUCAGAGCUCUUCUCCCCGAAAGCUCCUCGUUGUACGACCAGAUGGCGAGAGCUUUUAGGCCUCAAGAAGGCUGCACAAGAAUCUGCUAAAAAGACCACUUCUUCAUCAUCAUCGUUCAAGCAGUUUCUUCACCGUGGAUCUAAACCCUCCGCCGCCUCUUCAUCGCCGGAGAUGGCCUCUUCACGUCUCUCUCUAUCAUCGUCCUCUUCCUCCUCCGGCCACGAGAUCGAUGACCUUCCAAGACUCUCGCUUGACCUCGACAACAAGCCCACUCCAAAUCCAUUCGCUCCCUCACGCAACCCCAGGAUCAGAUUAGCCAACUCAAUGCUGCGUCCCUCCGUCGACGGAUCAUCAUCGGCAGCAGAUAGUCCGAGGCUUAACGCAUCUGGUAAAAUCGUGUUCCAUGGACUCGAAAGAAGCUCCAGCAGUCCCGGUUGCUUCACCGGCGGACCCAGACUCCAGCACCACCAUGGAAUCCCCAGAUCCUACUCUGCUAACGUCAGAAUCACUCCCGUCCUCAAUGUUCCCGUUUCUUCCCUCAAAUCAAGCAUCUUCUUCGCUCACAUGUUCUCUUCAUCUUCCUCUCCGGGGAACAACAAGUUGCACUUUCGCAGCAACCGCAAAUACCAGACCAAUCGAACCAGACUUUAACCCAAAUGCGAUCUGACUAAGUAAACCGGUUAGGGGGAGGGGGCUGGGGGCUAAUCUUUUGUUUUUUGUUUUUCGUGGGGUUUGUCGUGUAAACUGAUGUUUUAUUUGAGGGCAGAAUAUGUAAAUACGGUUUAACUAAGUAUCAUCUUUCUCGGGUUA